AGAAUGGCUCCGGAAUCAUGUACCGUAGCUGUUGACAUUGAGGAUCACCACAUCACAAUCCAUUUCAAGUCAGACGACCAAGUGCGCAACAUCUACGUUCACCCGGACAAUGUCGUCUUGACGUCCAACACGCGGAGCUGGGCCCAAAGGCGUGGCGGCGAGUAUCAAGUUAUGGCGACAAUUUCUGACGAGAUAGGAAUGUCCACUUCUCUGUGGACAAAGAUCAAGAGUUGGGUUGCGAGUGUAGUAUUGCAGCUGAUGCAAUUGGAAUCUCACAAAGCUGUGGGGAAAGAUAUAUAUUGUACAAGUAAUACGGAAGAAUUAGAGAUGUGUGCUAAAAAUAGCUCUCGAAAAUUCGGUCAUGUGCUAGUACCUCGUUGGGUAUAUACGCACAUUAACCCCCAAGGCGUAGUAUAUGCAAAGGAGCUGACGAGAUGUUUGACUGCUAUAGGGAUACAAAAACCAAGGAAUUUUUUCAAAGCCAAGCUCUACCUCGUGUUCGGUUGUUUCCGACUUUUUUUCCUUCCCCUUGAAUCCUCUACCCUUCUGGGCGAUUUCAGGACUUCUGCUCCACACGGCGCUCAGAGAACAUGGACCCUUUCCAAGCGAUAUGAGCGCUUGCUUUGCGCCGCUUGUGGCUCAUACAAAGUCAUCAAGAGUAUUUUGAAAGAUCCAUUCGAACAUCUACACGAGCGCCUGAUGAGUGACCACAUGCACUGA